AUGCCUAUAUCGAUCAAAAGCAAGAUUUUCCCCAAAACUGUAACAUUCAAUGAAUCCAAAAGUGAGUCGCUAAUAUUGGAAAACAUAAAAAUGUGUAGCAGAAAAUUAGUAUCUUUGGGAUAUCGUGUUGCUAUUAAUAAAGGAGAAAUUUCAACACAAAUGUUAUCCCAAACAAAAGUUUUUGUACUUCUGUCUCCAAAUGAUAAUUUGAAGCCUCAAGAACGAAAAGCUCUGAAGAAGUAUUUGAAAUAUGGUGGAAGAAUUCUGGUGACAGCAACUGGUGGAAAAACGAAUUUGAGUAUUAAUAGCUUUUUGAAAGAAUAUGGAUUGGAAUUCACAAAGGAUUCAGUUAUUAGAAUCCACAGAUUGCCUGGAUAUCACUAUCCAAAAGAGGCAGUCAUUACUGAUGGAAUUGUUAAUGAUGCCAUAUAUUCCUUGGAACAAAAUUUCCAUGGUGGAAACUUAACAUUUUGCAAGAAUUUUCGAUAUUUAUACCCUUAUGGCUGUACUUUAAAUGCUGACAAAGAAUCUAUAGUUCUUUUGUCCACUGGAUCCGCUUGUUUUCCUUUUAAUAGACCUACAUGUGCUUUUUAUAAAGACGCACAUUCAAAUGGUAGAAUUAUUGCUCUUGGAUCUUCUAUGGGGUUUUCUGAUUGCUACAUAAAUAAAGAAAAGAAUAUGAAUCUGUUUGGGAUUCUUUUUAAACUGCUGGUUGAGGAUGAUGUUGAAUUGAAUAUUGCUGAUCUUCAAUGUCCAGAUAUAGUAGAUCAUGUUCCUAUACCUGAUAUAAGAAAGCUUUCUGAAUUUCCUUAUACUUGCUUGCAAGAAAGCGACGAAACACCAACUAGCAUGUCGCUUAUUUUUAGAAGCAAAUUGUACCAGUUCGAUAAUAGGCAUUUCUCUAAAAUUCUAUCAGCUUAUAAGGAUCUCAAUUUGACUCGUGAGAAGCUGCGGAUAAUCAAGCCCAAAUUUGAAGCUCCUCUUCCAGAACUAAAGCCAGCUCUUGUACCUCCAAGGUUCAGAGGUUUACCCAAUCCAAACUUGGAACUGAUGGAUCUCGAUGAAUGUUUUGUUUCACCAACCGCCAAGUUGAAUGAAUUAAGUAGCAAAUGUAAUGACAAUGACUUGGAAUUCUAUAUUAAAGAAUUUGGAAAUAUACUGCGCGCACCAUCUAAUAUUAAUAACAAUAGUGCAAAGCAAAUUUUAGAAUAUGUAUGUUCCCAGCUAGUACCUUUAAAAAGAAACUGUUUCUGA